AUGGCUAAAAAUAUGAAUCAUAGCGCAACAAAGGAUAUGUGUGAUAUGUGUUCACCAAAACAAGUCAUUGCCAUUACAUCGUGUAAAGGUUGUUUGAAAGAUAUGUGUCGUAAGCACUUCAAUGAGCAUCGUGAUAAACUUAGCGCAGAUAUAUAUAAUGUCUCUGAUCUUCGCGAUAAUCUUUUACAAGAACUACAAAUCGCGAGUAAUCGCGCAUCGAAGUCUUCAAGCACAGGGACUGCUCUUCAGUUGUCAAAACAAAUUGAUGAAUGGAAAACAAAAACAAUCGAGUGUGUUUCGCAAGCAGCCAAGGCAGCGCAUGCAAGUGUAGAACGCUUGUUUAGUAGAAAAUUGGAAUAUGAUCAAGUACAACAAAAAGUUGAUCAGCUUACAAAAGAAUGCAAAGAACAGCAAGAAUCAGAAAGCUUUGUGGAAACUGAUAUCGAUCGUUGGAUGAAACAAUUGAAACAAUUGAAAAGUGAUCUUAAUCGUCCAUCACAAGGCGAAACUAAUCCUCCGACUCUUCACAUCCAAAGUAUUGAUUGGAAAUCAAUUAUCAAAAUUUCUACUGCGAAUGAAAGAUACGCUAAUUCGUCUGAAAAUGAGUUCGAACAAGGUAUCUAA